GACGUGCACGGUCCUAGUGACCACGCGGUGUGAUAUUAUAAUUAGUGUCGGUUAGACCAUCCACGUGAAGGCUUCACAAUUUUGGCGCCGAAUAGGUCAAUUUCAUUUGUAACUAUCCAUAUGGUUCAAAGCUUCGUUGGAAUGCUGCGUGGACUAACGUUUUGGUGCGUGAUAGUGUUGUUCAUCUGUAGGUGGCAAACAUCUAUGGCUCAGUUACCUGGAGUACAAAGUAUCAUACAAUUCUACCGGGACGGCGAUGAACGUUUGAAGUAUGAAAAGCCCGAUCAGCGACCCUUGCUGCCCGAGUACGAUUUCAUCAUUGUUGGUGGUGGAUCUGCCGACUGUGUUUUGGCAAACCGACUCACAGAAAUAUCCCAUUGGUCGGUGCUGCUGAUCGAAGCUGGACCGCGCGAGAACCUUUUGAUGGAUAUACCAAUGUUUGCCCAUUACCUACAGACAUACAGCACCGUAAAUUGGGACUAUCGUACGAAGCCAAGCAAUCAGUGCUGUUUGGCGUUUAAGAACAAUCAAUGCCGCCUUCCUCGGGGCAAAGUGAUGGGCGGCUCAAGCGUUCUUAACUACAUGAUCUACACCCGCGGUAAUCGCCGAGACUAUGAUGCGUGGGCAGAAAAAGGAAAUGCUGGCUGGUCCUUCAAUGAUGUGCUGCCGUACUUCCAAAAGCUUGAGAAAAAUAUCGUUCCUGACUCUCACCCUAUGUACGCUGGUCGCAAUGGCCCCGUCACGAUAUCAUAUCCCAGGUAUCGCACCAGCGUGGCUCGCGCGUUUGUGAAAGCAAACAUGGAAUUAGGCCUGCCCUACGUUGACUAUAACGGACCCAGCCAGAUCGGAACAUCCUUUAUUCAAAGUACCUCAAAGAAUGGCCAGCGUGUAUCCUCCAACAACGCCUAUCUUUAUCCGAUACGAAACCGAACCAAUUUGCAUAUUAUUCGAAACGCUCACGUCACAAAGAUUUUGCUCAAUCGUGAUACGAAGAGGGCCACAGGUGUUCAGUUCUAUGCGAACCAUCGCUAUCAAAAGGUUCGUGCUCGUCGUGAAGUGAUUGUUUCCGCUGGGGCUAUAGGUUCGCCACACCUGCUCAUGCUGUCCGGUAUCGGUCCGGCCAAGCAUCUACGCCUGAAAGGUAUACAGCCCUUGGCAAAUCUUGCCGUCGGGUUUAACUUUCAAGAUCAUGUGGCGGGAGGAGCAUUAACGUUUCUCAUCAAUCGCACGGAAACGCUCUCUUCGAAACGUAUUUUUACGCUGGAAAAAUUCAUGGAAUAUGAACACCAACACACAGGUAUGAUGGCGUCUACUGGAGCGUGUGAGGCGAUCAGUUUUCACGACACAACUCAACCACCCAAUCGCGCCAACGAAGCUGGUUGGCCCGAUCUGGAACUGCUAUUGAUCGGAGGGACGCAAGCGGCCGAUCGUAUUUACGAAUCCAACUUUAACUACAAACCGGAAAUCUUUAACGCCCUGUUCGGUGAUAUUGAGCGACGCGGACUGGAGGGAUACACAGUAUUCCCGAUGAUUUUACGACCCCGCAGCAAGGGUCGAAUACGCUUGGCCAGUGCUGAUCCCUUUGAGCAUCCGAUUAUUCAACCUAACUACCUCGGAGAUCCGUAUGACUUGGAGGUUUCGGUGCGUGGGAUCCGGAAGGCGAUCGAGCUAACGAAAACUAACACGCUCAAAAGUUUCGAUGCCCGGUUGCUCGACAUUCCGAUACCGGGGUGUGAGCAGCACAGAUUUGACACCGACGAUUACUGGAAGUGCUUUACGCGACACGUGACGUACACGAUCUACCACCACGUGGGUACGUGUAAGAUGGGCCCGGCAAGUGAUAGGCUGGCGGUGGUAGAUCCCCGUCUGCGCGUGCACGGUGUGAAGGGAUUACGGGUGAUCGAUGCUAGCGUUAUGCCGGAUAUUCCAGCGGCUCAUACCAACGGACCAACGAUCAUGAUUGCUGAAAAGGGUGCCGAUAUGAUAAAAGAAGACUGGAGUAUAAGAGUAACCUAGUGAAUGGUUAAGAAUUAUUGUUUGAU